CCAAUGCAAUUUGAAGAUGAUGAACACGCACCACCAGCACCGCCCAACCCCUUCAGCCAUCUCACAGAAAAGGAACUGGAAGAGUACAAGAAAACAAUUGAGCGCAAGCAGCUAGGGUUAGAAGAUGCUGAACAGGAAUUAUUCUCAGAUGACGGUUCAUCUGUGUCACAAAUUCAGUCACAAACUCAAUCCCCGCAAAAUAUCCCAGAAAAAUUAGAAGAAAAUCAUGAAGAUCUCUAUACACAGAAUGCUAACCUAAUAUCCGUGGAGAUGCCAGUUGUGGUGGUGAACGGCAAGGAAGACGCACAUGACGUGGAAGAGGAUCUCACCAAGAGGGUCAGUCAGUUAACCACUAGUACUGUGGAGAGCGUAGAGAUUACGAUUAAAAGCUCGGAAAAGAUAGAAGAGGCCCUGUCCCCUGAAGGGUCACCUUCCAAAUCCCCAUCAAAGAAGAAGAAGAAAUUCCGCACCCCAUCUUUCCUGAAAAAGAGUAAAAAGAAGGAGAAGGUAGAAGUGUAAGUGCAGUUCUGUUGGGAGGAGACGUUGCACAUUUUAAACGUUUAAGUUGACCAUUAACAGUGUAGUGUUAGGGGUGUGCAGUAACUGGACUUUCAACCGAAACGAAAAGGAACUGGAAAAGGUUUUGCUUUAAAAAAAACCCAACCAACCAAACAAGCAACAAAAAAACCUUUCAUGUUAAUUGAAAAUUAAUUCAUCUCUUGCUUAACUGUGUCCAAAAUUGCUAUGAGGGUUGGAAACAUCCAUUAGUUUCACGUAGAACUACACUGGCAGGUGCUCAAUUACCGUCAUAGCAAGAUCAAACACCGUCACAGUGCAGCAGCAAGUUCUGCUUGGAGUGUUUUGCAGACCUUAAAAUUUUCAGUACAGUUAAAGUCUUUAUUAAAGUUACUGAUGAGUGAUCAUACGACUUUUUAAAACUGCUGUCUCAUUUGGUAACCAGAUCACACAUUUUUGUAUUGUGAUUUUUGACCAUAGAUUUUAUGUUUCUGUACCCCUGUUGAAGUGGGUGCAUAUUAACAGCACACCUUUAAAUCUUUUUUUAAGAUUAGAUCGUAUAGAAAUAUUAUACACUGGCACAUAAUAUUAGGGGGGAAACUGUGUAAGAGAAAGUUUAUUUGGAAUUAUACAAAUGUCUAAAGAAUUCCAUUCUUCAAUAACUUUUUUGCCAAAUAUUUCAUUUUAGUGAAAUAUAAUUUUUGAAGACUUCUUUUUUAUUCUAUCAGUUGGGGGGAGGGGGGAAACCCUUAUUUUUCAAGAAGGGGGAUUUUAUACACUUACAUUGAUAAUUUAGUUUAACUGGCAAAACAGAAAGAAGAUUUUAUAUGUUCAAAUGUUUGUAUACCAUUCAGUAUAAAGGUAUUAUAAGCAUGUGAACCAAGCAUUUAAUAGUAGAGUGUAUUUAAGAAUGCUUGGUUUAGAGUAUACUUAAAUAUAAUUCAGGAAUCCAGGGACUUAGAAAUCAAAGGAUAAAAGCAUAUAAAAUUGAACUGGAUUCAUCUUUAAAAAUUACUUGUGGGUUGGUUUUUUUUCUCUCACGGUAUUACUAAUGAAUGAAGAAAAAUAAUCUCUUAACAUAACCAAAUGAAGGAAACAAAACUGUUAAAAGGGAAAGUGAAAUAGUAAGAAAAUAGGAGGAGACAAAGAAAGUAAAAGCUUGGUGAUUAUUUUUUUUACAUAUAUGAUAUGGAUUGUGGGAUAUUUUUAUUAAAUCAGCAAAGUGACAUUUCCAUAUUAGACGUUUUAAAUAAUUAGUAUGGAUUCAUGCAGAGUGCAACACUUGGGUUUUUUUUCUUCACUUUCAUUUGAAUUGUAAAAGGGUCUCAUGAAUCUGUGUUGUCCUUUGGAUGAACCCAGAGCAAAUCAGAGCCUAGUGCCAUGGGUAAGGGUGGUACUGCCACUUACUCAUUUUUACUGAUAUUGUCAUUUUAGUACUUUUACUGUAUUGUAAAUACAAACUAAACAUAGAAAUUAACAUAGGGUUUUCUUCGCUGUGUCAAAUUGUCUGUAAAUCAGUCAUCGCAAUAGGAAGUACAUCUUAAAGAUCCAUGUGAUUCCCAAAUUGCUGGUUGAAAUAUUAUACAAUAUAUAAUUGUUAAAUAUGGCUGGAGAGUGGUUUGGCAUGCAAAAAUGUUGAUUAUAGCAUGUUUGGGGGCUGGUUAGCUUUGACCGUGUAAGUGUGAUAAUGCGAUGUUGGAAUGGAUCCUGGAAACAAUUUUCUAGCUAUCACUAAAUACUGGAAUCAGUGUUUUUAAUCAUAGUGGAAACUUUCAGUUGCUUACUUUUGUUUUUUAUGUUCUACAUUAUUUGUGUUGUAUUACAACAUACGUAGAAACAGUAACCUGUGAACUACGCUUUUCAUAACUUUUUUAAAAAUAUAUCUAAAUGAAUGCAAUGUGCAUAAAUAUUUUUUAAAAUGCAACCGUGAACUAUUUGCACCUUUUGCUAAUGCCUCUAUUUACUUGCUUUGGCAUAAAGAAUGAGCCAGCCAACUCUUGUGUCCUGUGGAAAAUAUAUAAAUGUUAUCUGAAAUUGCUCAUAGAUGUAAUGCUAAUUAAUGUUAAAUCACAAAUAAACAGUAUUUUAAAUAGAUGGA